AUGAAAUUUCUCGUAGUUCUACUCAACAUCGUCAUAAUUCAAGCUGGAGUUAUUAAAGAGGAGAAUAUAAUAGAAAAUAAAAAUGAAGAAGAACUCUGUCCUGGUGUAAUAGUCAAUGGCGUCUAUCAUGAACUGGAAGAACUAAAAUCAGGUCUGACUCAUCCUUAUCGCCUAGCCGUAGAUUAUAGCACGAACACUUUAUUUUUUAGCUACUACAGUUUGAAUGAGAAGGACGAUAUCUUCAAAAGUGCAUACAUAAAUUUGAAUACAAAAGAAUUUUCCGACGUGGCAGGUGUUAAAAAUGGUUUUGCACAAACUGUGGAUCAAAAUAAUCACGAAGUUUAUAUCAGUGGGAGUGACGAUCUGUACAAUAAUAAAAUAAAUAUAUACAAAUAUAAUCUUAGUACGAAAUCAACUGAAUUAUUUGCUAAAAUAGAAAGUGAUAUAUGGAACAUUUACUUUAAAGAUAUACUAUACUAUACAGGUUUUACUUCACAUUUCUUAUACACUUGUACGAAUGGUGAAUCACAAAGGUUUAAAAAUCUGGACACUAAAGUAGACCAAUUCGUAAUUGAUAACGAUGAUGUAAUAUUUUUUACUAAUGCAACUGGUUUGUUCAGUCAAGAGAAAGAUACAAAGGAUGCUGUUCUAUACCCAAAACAUCAUCUAUAUACUAUUCAUGGACUAACUACUGACUUAAAUGGAGACGUGUAUGUUUGUAUGUUUGAUGGAAUAUAUAAAGUAAAUAAAGCUGAAAUCUCGCUUAAAAAAUUACUAGACAUAGACAACGUCUUCGAGCUGGCAUUCGAUAAUGAAAAUAAUAUCAUUUACUCGGAUGCCACUAAAUUGAUUCGACUUAAGCCUAAUAAGGAAAAAGCCUGU